AUGUUCAAUGCCUGCGUCAUCGGCAUGGUUGGCUUCAUGGCGCCAGGAUUGUGGAAUGCUAUGAAUUCUUUGGGAGCUGGAGGUGCUCAAAAGCCCUUCUUGAUCAACGCUGCAAACGCCUUGGUGUUUGGAUUGAUGGGCUUCUUCUGUCUGUUCGGCGGGCCGAUUGCCAAUCGCAUAGGCCUCAAAUGGACACUGGUUUUGGGUGCUGUAGGCUAUCCAGUUUACAGUGCUGGCCUCUAUACCAACAACAGAUAUGGAAACGUCUGGUUUGUUCUUGUCGGUGCUGUCGCCUGUGGUGUGUCGGCCGGCUUGUUCUGGGCUUCAGAAGGGGCCGUCGCUCUGGGCUAUCCUCCACCAGCCAAGCGAGGACAAUACAUGAACAUCUGGCUCGUCUUCAGAACGGGAGGUCCCAUCUUGGGAGGUGCUAUUCUCCUUGCUCUCAAUCACUCUCCUAACCAGAAAGCCAAAGGCAAAGUGGGCUAUCAAACAUAUCUUGUGUUCAUCGCUUUGCAGUGUCUUGCUGUGCCUGUCGGACUAUUGCUAUCACCCCCGGAGAAGGUUCAACGUUCCGAUGGCAGCAAAGUCAAGAUCGUCCAAGAGAAAUCAUUUGGCGCCGAGAUGCGUGCUCUGAUCGCAGCUUCCAAGAGACGUGAUAUUCUUCUCUUGCUUCCCGUCUUCUGGGCCGCAUACUUUAACCAGUACUCUGGCAACUUCCAAACUUACUACUUUGGUCUUCGCGCAAGAUGUCUGAUUGGCUUCUUGACUAACUUCAGCGGUAUCAUCUCUUCAUUCUUGGUCAGCACUCUUCUCGACUACAAGCCAUGGCCUGUCAAGAAAAGACUGAAUGUCUGUUUCUUCUACGUUCUUUUCUGGCACUUGCUAGCCUGGUCCUACGGCUGGGCAAUUCAAGAAAAAUACACCCGCAACGAACCCGUCUGGGAUUGGACCGACCCGGGCUUCGUCGAAGGCUUCUUCGUCCUCGUAUUCUGGGGCUUUGCACAACAAUCCCUCCAAAACUUUUUGUAUUACUUCUUGUCGACAAAGACGGACAACAUUUCUGAGUUGUCUCGCUUCUCAGGUAUCCUCCGCGGCCAAGAGAGUUUCUCUCAAGCCGUGUCCUUUGGCAUCAACACCAAAGAUUGGAAGGGAGGUAGAGUUCCUCUUGCUGUCAACACUAUCCUCUUGGGAUUGGCUGUUGUGCCUACGUGGAUUGCGCUGCAGGAACAUGUGCCUAUCGAAGGACCUAAGAAGUUUGAGGAUGUGAGUGAAUUGACUGAGGCGGUGCCUUCUGAGGAAGACAAGAAGAAGUAUGCUGUUAGACAGACUGCUACGGAGGUUUAG